GCUGAUAAUAUGUGGGGUCAGAAGUUAACAUGAAGAUGGCAAUUUUUCAAUGAGUGAAAAGAGUUUAUCUUUAAUUCGUUGUUUUACGAAAUGUUAUCAAUUUCCUAUUGUGUAUGUAGCACUUUCAUGACUUGGUAAUCUAUUUAAGUGUUAUCCAGCUAGGUAGCGUAAAACUUCAUCGACUAUUCAGGUAGCCUCGCCCAGAGCCAUCUUUUUCAAUGGCUGUGGCCUCGCCCACCUGCAAUGUGGAUGAAAGGUUAAAUUGAGCCUGUUUUCUGAUCUUUUUUAACCACAUGUUGCCUGCAGCAUGAGCUCGUGCCAUUUAACAUAGGCUAACCUCAAAGUCCCAAUUUAAUCUUUUUAUAUAAUAUACACACUACCACAUAAUUUAACAUACAUUCUAAGCAAAUUAGGCUACUUUUAUUCAGAAGACGCGUGGUCAGGGAACAACUAUUCAACAUUUUUACUUUUCGGUCAAUAGUCCUUUCCACACAAUUUGUAAAUGGAUGUAACCAAAUAUGGAUGUAACCAAAUAUAAACCAAAUAUAAAACGGAAGUUCAUGACAAUAUAUGGGUUAAUCCGGUUAUUCCCCUUAGUAGUUUUUCUUGAUCGAAUAAACUGUGACAAACGCUUCUGCGACUGCACGUCAGAGAUGCGACAUACAACCCACGUAUCUGGCGGAAAUUAAUACAAGCUCAACACAUGUCAACAACAAAUUAUUUUAUGAUUGUCACUGUAUUAUAUUAAAUAACUGAAAUAUAGAGCUUGAUUGAUUUCUAAAUUGUUGUGUCUUGGACAGAAUGGCAACAGAUGCUAAAAGACUCAAGGUUGAUGACAGCUCAGCUACUGACGGGUUUGAGGUCAAACCUCUCCAAGUCUUUCUGCGGUGGUGUGACCAAGUCGGACUGACUCUAAGCAGCAAGGUUUAUGUAAGUAAGGAGGGUACAGUAUCCGAGUAUGGCAUGCUAGCGAAGCAGGACAUAGAGGAAGGGGAGGUGCUCUUCUCCAUUCCUAGAUCUGCCCUUCUCAACCAGAGCACCACCAAAGUAUCUGCUGUCCUGGAGGAAGCCAAGGCGUCUCUUGAAAACACCUCUGGCUGGGUGCCACUGCUCCUGUCUCUGCUGUCUGAGUACACCUCUCCCCAGUCCUUCUGGAAACCCUACCUCUCCCUCUGGCCCGACUUCAAGGCCUUGGACCAGCCCAUGUUCUGGUCCAAGGAGGAGCGGGAGCAGCUUCUGAAGGGGACAGGGGUGCGAGAGGCGGUGGACACAGACCUGACCAACAUCCAGAAGGAGUACCAGGACAUCGUCCUGCCCUUCAUCCUCCUCCACCCGGAUCUGUGGAGUCCCCAGACACACACUCUGGAACUCUACACACGCCUGGUGGCCUUUGUUAUGGCCUACAGUUUCCAGGAGCCUUUGGAGGAUGAGGAGGAAGAAGAUGAUAAGGACCCCAACCCACCAAUGAUGGUGCCCAUGGCAGACAUGUUGAACCAUGUAGCCAACCACAAUGCCAAUCUGGAAUACACCCCGGAGUUUCUGAAGAUGGUGUGUGUGCGCAGCAUCGGGGAAGGAGAGGAAGUAUUCAACACUUAUGGCCAGAUGGCUAAUUGGCAGCUCUUGCACAUGUAUGGCUUUGUUGAGCCGUAUCAUAGCAACAGCAACGACACGGCCGACAUCCCAAUGUCCAACGUCUACAAAGCUGCCGUGCAAGCGACCAAGUCAGAGAGUGAGCAGCGCCUCCUUGUGGACAAGUGGAACACUCUGUGUGAGAUGGAGAUGGUAGGAGAGAAGGGGGUCUUUAUCUUUGGCAAAUCUGGCUCGCUCACAGACACAGAGAUGUACACCACCCUCAAGAUAUUGUGUAUGUCAGCGGAGGAGUUUGGGGAGUUUCGAGAGAACGAGGGAUGGGAGGAGGCAGAGGAGGAGGACGAGGAGAAGAUCACCCAGGCUCUGUGUAACGAGGGUCUGCCAGGGCUGGCAGCUUCCUGGAGGCGACUGCUGCGUGCGGCGGCAGGGUUCACGCUGGCUUCAUUCAGGGAGGACCUGCAGAAGGACCGGGCCAUGCUGGAGAACGCGGCCACCCUGACCUCCAGACAGCAUAGGGCGCUACAGGUCCGCUGUGGGCAGAAGACCAUCCUGAACCAGCUGAUGGAGCUCACUAAACCAUGAUGUUUACCAGCAGAGGGCGGAUCCAUCAUAUGCUUACCUUACUAGUAGAUACCAAGUCAUGACAGUGUUCACCUGUAAAGUCAUGCACAGCAUCACAUUCAACACCCGAGUAAUGCUUUAGUAGUUUAAGCCCUUAGGCUGUACUUUCAUGGGUUAAAGAGCGAUGCACAUUCUGGCAAUAAAAAUAGCAUACUAGUAUCAAACUGGUGAUCAUCAUGGUAGUGACAUUCGGUCCAAACAUCUUUAGUGAUUAUAAAAUCAUGAUUGUGCCUGAAAACUACGGCUCAUCAUGACAGACCUGUGAUUACUGUGGAACUUUACUUAUAGAAAGGUCAUAAUACAAAGUGGUUUUUAUUAAAUACUUGUUUUCUUGAUAGCUUACUAGUUGACACCUUGUCUCCAUCUGAUGUCCUGUUCCAUCAGCAUGAGUUAACUGGCGUCUGCAGAUAUAGACUUAUGACUCAAGUCUAGUUUGUGUCCAGUGGACUAAUGUUCCAAUGUAUUCUACAGUAAACUGCAUUUUUUCCAGCUUGUUGAAUUUACACAUUUUGUACAAUAAAACCAAGAGAAA